GCGCCUAGCUCCGUUUCGCAAAGGCCGGUCCGUUUCCGAAGGGAUCGUGCGAAACGUCAGCGUGACAGUUACCGCAUGCUGUCAAAACAUGUGAAGUGCUGCUAGGGGGAAAGAAGAGAUUCACCACCACGGAUUCUCCGCUGCUUUCACUGCAAAAAAUAGCUUUCGGAAUGGCGAAGUCGAUAGGAACAUCCUACCGAGCCAGUUCCGUGCAAGCGUAGCCUUCUCGCGAAGAAUGGCCGUGACAGUGCACAGCGAUCCUGCACCGACAAACAGUUCGUGCCCGCCAAGGACAUAGUGCGCGAAGCAAGUAGCGUGUGAAUCGGAAAGAGUACCCUUCCCCUCCCCUUUCUUCGACCACCACCCGUCCGCGACAAGUCAUUGCACCACGGUCCCCAUCCUGGUCUGCCGAGUACGCGCGCGUGUGUGAAAUUGCAAGUGAAUGAAUGUGUAGCGGGCUGCUAGAUAAAGCGCAAGCGAAAGGACACUAUACGCACACACACACCGACACAGAAGCACACCAGAACGAGAAAAAAACGUGACACAUUGAUCCCGGCGUUUCGGUUCAGAAUCUGUACCGAUGUUAUUGCGGACCGCUAGUGCGUUUUGCCGGUGUGUUGGUGUGUUAUCCUGUGCAUCCUUUUUCCCAAUUUCUGCCACGAAUUUCCCGUUCGGAGUGCAGUGCAGCGUUGCGCAUUGCUAACGAUUGCAUCUAGAGCCAGCGUCACAGCCCCCGUCUGCUACUACCUCAAAGCCGAAGGCGCAGGUGCGUUUGCUGUCCUGCUGGUCCGCACACACACACACCCACAAACAAAAAGUGAAAUUUGUAAAGUUCCGGCCGCGCUGCACAACAGCAACAACAACAGCACGAUGAGCGGGGACGAUUUUAUUUAUAGCGCCAUCGGGGAUGAUAACAUGAGCGCGUUCGAUCUGAACGUAAUCGCCAGCACGCUGGCCAGCACGGACAAGCUGGUGCGGCAGAACAAGCAGCAGAAGGAGGAGAACGACCGGCUGCGGGAAAAGAUCUCAUCCCUGCGCGAAUCGGCCCUGCAGCUCAAGACGCUGUACGAGGCGGAGGUGGCCAAGGCGGCGCGGGCCGAAGCACAGCUGGCCACUUACGUAAGCCAGUGCAAGCAGCUGGAGGAGCGGUGCCUGAUCGCGGACAGCGACAAGAUCAAUGCCGAUCUGAUACUGAUGGAGCGGCUGGCGGAGAAGGAUCGGCAGCAGGAGGAGAAGGAGCACCGGUACCAGUCGCUCAUCACCGACCUGAUACGGUACUUCUCGCUGCCGUGCGAUCCGAUCGAGUCGAGCAAAAAGCGCGAGCUGAAGCAACACAUGGCAACGGUGGAUCUGCUCAACCUGCCGGACGACGUGAAAGCGUUCAUCCAGCAGGCACCGAACCAUCGCAGCAGGCGACGGAAGGGACGCACCAGAUCGGCUGCAAUGGUGGACCAGGAGAGCCAAACCGUGCCGGUGGAGGUGCGAAAUGGGUCGACCAACACGGCGGAGGAGCUGUGCCCGGAGCGACCGGAGCUGCGAGACUGCGGGACGGACGCGAUGGAGCUGGAGCGUUUGGUGGAAGAGCAGCCGACGGAGCAACCGGUCAGUAAAACAUUCUGCGACAAAGCGACCAUGCACAGCAUGUCCACCAUCACGAGGGCAACGUGCACGUCCGUGUUUAUCAAGCGCGUCGACGUUGGCGUAAACUUCCCCGAGGUGACGCACAAAUCGGUGGACGAAAUCCUACGCGAAUGUGUCCCGCUGCCCCCGCAGCUGCUGUCGCCCAUUGCGGAAAUCUUGCCGCUGUGCGAGUCAGUCGGCACACAGACGGAACCAACGGUGGAACCAACGGUGGAACCAACGGUGGAACCGGAAAGGCCAUCCCUGGUAACGUGCGGUACGAUGACGAAUUUGAAAAACAUUCGCAAGCGCAUCGACUACCGGACGCCCGGCGAUGGUGGGAUGACACCGUUCCAGCAGCAGUACACGUCCGUCGCCGAGCAGCUGUUCGGCAAGAUCAAGAAGGAAGACUAUCCCGCUCCGCCGGGCUUCGGUGCGUUCGAUGCGGACGAUACGUUCGGCAGCAUGCAUCCGCACCUGUCCACCAUCUGGACGUUGCUGGGGGAGAGCAUCUUUAUGCUGCUGAGCAGCGGACGCCGGUUCGAUGGUCAGUGUUACAAUAUGCUCAACGAGCAGCUCACCACCAUCCGCGACAUGAUCGAGGCGGACGGACGCCGGGAGUCCGAGUUUAUGAGCACAAUGUUUUCAAACGUGCGGGCGACGGUUGUGGCCGCCGCUGGGUAUGGUAAAGAGCGAGGCACGCCUACUGUAACACCGAAUGUGGCCACUGCCGCAGCUGGAGAGAGGUCCCGGGAACCGACGCCGGAGCGGAGAAUCGAACGUGCGACUAGUCCGGUGGAGGACGGCGGUGGUGUUGUGGUCGUCGAGAAGGAGGUUGAGGUUGUACCGCCGGCAGCGCCAACCAAAGAGAUAAGCAAUAGUGAGCCCGAAGUUGUCUUGAUCGAGCGGGUUACUGCUGUUUCGUGCAGCUCGCCACCACCACUGCAAACCACUCGAACUGUAAAUGAUGAAUCGAGAAUCGAAGUAGCUCAAAGCAUAGUAACUAAUGGUACCGAAGCGGUAUCGAAGAGCUGUAGUGAAGGGAAGGAAAAUAAUUCUACUAGUUUACCUUUAGCAACGUCUUCAACACCUGAAACACCGCUGCUAGACGAUGAGGUCGAUCGGAUAGCGUUGCAGCUGCAGCAGAUGGAGGAAGGAGAAGCCGAUAUUCCUCUUCCCUUAAAGGACACCAAUCAUGUAUGCGCCAGCUCGCCCGUCGCAAGCGCAAACGAUACUCCUCCAAAGCAAGCGACUACUACGCAGAAGGAUGCGUCGGAAGUAACCUGUGUGCCUGAACUGGAGGUAGCAGCUGCCCCCUCUGCCUGCCCUGAACUACCAGAUGAACAACCAUUACCUACUGUACCUCGUCCGUCGACACCACCGUCGGUGGCGAACAGUUACUACCCGCCAAAUACAACCGAAACCUUUGUUUCCCCAAUUAAGGUAAAGGAAACGAACCAGCUAGUGAAGGACCAGUUUAAAACACCUACCCAGCCACCUAUCAGCAAGCGAAAGUUGCGCAUUCGUCGCUCGGACGAAACGGCACAGUCAGGAUCGGCACUACCUCACGCCUCCAAGCGGUUGCGACUUUGCUCGCCCGAACCGACCAGCGGUCGUACAUCGCCCACGACCGAGUUCCUGUUGGAGGACGAUUGGGAUCAAAAGUUCUCCUCCAUCAGGGCGGCAAUGUUGGGCACGCUGACGGAUGUGCAUUGUAAGCCUCUGUCCCCGAUUGCCGACCGGUUCGAGGAAUUUGUGGAUCUGGCAAACGAAAACGAUGAAGCUGCAGCCGUCGUGAUAGAAGAAGAAGAAGAAGCAGAAGUUGACACUCCAAAAGAAGCAGCUGGUGGGGAUGCUAAAGUAUCGGUACCGUCCAAAGUGGCGACAGUAACGAGGGAAAGUUCGAAUAUUGAGCGAAUAGAAGAGGUGAAGGAUUUGACAGCUUCUUCCAACGAACAAAAAGACCUGGAGCCCUCGUCUGAAGGUAGUUCAUCCGUUGAAAGGAGGAUAGUUGAAGAUAGUGAGAACGUGGAGGAGAAAUCUGUUAGUAAAGUCCAGCCGCAACAGGAAGCAAUCGCUGAAAGCAACUCUGAUGCAGUGGAAUCCUCCCCUAGCGACGUCACAGAUGACGACAGCACUGUGCCUGCAAUGGCAACCGCAUUGGAGGAAGGAGAAGUGAUGGAGGAGCUGGUGGACGAUUUGGAUAGUACGGGUGAGCUGCUAAUCGACAUAGAUAUGGAGUCUCUUCCGGAAGAGGCAGCCACCGUUGCGCCACUAUCGUGCAUGACCGUUCAGGACUCUCCCAUGUCACCGCCAGCGCACGAAACGGGUAUAUCCGUUGCAACGCACUGCACCUACCCGAUCGGUUCCACAACGGAUUCACCUCUCUCGCCGCAAGAAACGGGUCUAUCAGUUUCAACACACUGCACCUACCCGAUCAGCUCCGCAACGGAUUCGCCACUCUCGCCGCCCCUUCCAAGUGACCGGGAGCCCAGCACGACCGUUCCACCGCCCCGGAUACCACUGUUUCACGUGGACCUCCAUCAGCAGCUACAGCAGCAGGCACACGAUCGCAAAGAACCGAUCUACAAAUUUAUCACCCUGUACGACACCCACAAGUGGCACGAAAAGAGCCACAAGUUCACCGGCCGUACGAACGCGCAGGAAAAGCAGCUGCUGCAGAAGCUUACCGACAUUCUGGCCGCCUACCUGAACAACCCGGACUGGACGGAAGCGGUCGUGAACGAUACGCUAACGGCCGUGCUGGACUGCACGCACGACGUGCGGCUCAUCGCGCUGACCAUGCUCGAGAUGGUGGCUUCCUGUGGGGACAUAGCGGUGAAUGUGAUAUGUUCACCACCCGCUCCACCGUUGCCGCUGACACACCAGAAGCUGAUACUGAUUGUGCGCCAUCUCGGCUACGGGCUGGCGACGCUCGAGGACGUGCUGACGCGCGAGCUGGACCGCCGGAUGUUCCAGCUGAAGGGCGAUACGCUGCCGGUGCCUGCACUGAUCGCCCUCACGUUCCUGUACAUCGGUCUGGAGGACAGCAAACCGAGCGAGAUGCCCUGGAAGCGACAGUACAACGUUCGGCUGUACAUCUUCAAGUGCAUGUACUACUUCGGGUUUAAGUGUUUGCCGCUCGUGUACUACGUGCUGCGCGCCUUCCCAUUCGCGCUGCCCAAGAAGGGCAGCCCACACUACGACAAUGCGGAUGCGAUGAUUGCCACGAUACGGACGAUCCUGAUGAACGUGAACUAUCAGGAUAGCUUUGUGGGGUCGCCCGACACGGCGCUGUUUAAAAAGCGGGAGCUGCUCUGGCUGCUGCGCAACACGUACGGCUACCAGCUGGCGAGCCCGACGUACGAAGAGCUGGUGGUGAACUUGGUCGAAAAGAUUCGUGCCAACAAGCUGCGCAACGUGGCCCACUCGCUCAUACUGGUGGCCAAACGGAACGGGUACGAUUGGGCCCGGUUGCACAUCAUCCAGAAGCGGAUCUAUCCACUGCUGAACGAUUACCUCAAGCAAUACGAGCUGAUGCGAGCCAGUGGUGGCGCUACCAGCAGCGGCAGCCCUUCGUUGGUUGCAAUCCCUGGUUGUAGUAGUAGUAGCGCUGGUAGCACCGGCAGCACCACCAGCAGCAGCAGUACCUCUCUGCCGGGAAGCUUAGACGAGCGGAUCGUGACGUGUAUAUUUACCAUCGCGUCCAUCAUGAAGACGCAACCCUCCAGCGAGGAUGCAUCGCGUGUGAUGCAAAUUUUCACCACCAUCGUGCAGCUGGCGGAAGGAAAUAGCACGAUACAGGAGGAAGCAAUAGCGGGUCUGAUCAAGUUCAGCCGGUUCGGCUUUGUGGACGUGUUCCAGCGGCUAAGCUGCUGGUGCCCGGACUAUCCGAUCAGCGAUCGGAUCAAGCUGAUGCUGACGACGAUGAUCAACCGGAAGCCACCGUCCUUCUGGAAGCAGCUGAUGGAGAAUCGUUUCGUGUGAACACAGGGGUGGGGGGGGAAGCACCCAAAUUGGCUGCUGCCAAAUAUGGAGAAAGGUUUCUUGAGGAGGAGGAAGGAAGAAGAAGAUCCUCAAUCACAUCAUGCGUAUCGGUUAAGGUGCGAAUGUUUAAUUUAUCCUUCCUUGGAAUGGCCCAACACUCACAAUCAGGGUUUUUGAGUCGUCCUUAUAGCAGGGACCCUACAGGAUGAACCGUUCAGUUCGGAUGAAGACUAUUUAACUUAUUGAUGAGAUCUUCCCUUAAGGCAGUGUUCCAUUUUAACACUCUCUUAUUUGUAUCCAUUUUUAAUAUCAUUUGUUUUCCUACGCUGGCCUACACGUCGUAGCGUGUUUGCUUCCGAUCAAAUAGUGCACUAACGCUCCUUUUGUCUUUCUCCCUCUCGCGGCCAGUUCUUAGUGGAGGUGAGAUUGAAUGAGAUUGUGUGAUCAGGGGAAGGGUGAGGUAUCCUGUGUAAAAAAGGUAAACUAUAGUUGCAUAAUAAACUAUUUUAUUUGAAUUGUACAGUAAAUCUAGCCCCGGGGUAUGUGAGCGCUUGUAUUGAUCGGCUCGGCAAGUGUCAAUAUCACCAAUCUGUUGGUCCGGAAUUCCCUUUAAGUUAUUAAGCAAUUUUUGUAUUAAAAAAGUACAACAAGCAGUUGUAAUAAAAAGAGAAACACGUG